AUGGUAGCCACUCAGCAUAUCGUCUUCCGGAACGGAAAGUUCUUCCGCUCGAACAAGGCGCCGCCGGGCGUGAGGUCAGAAGCCAACUUCGCGGAAUCCCUGGUUGUCAAGGACGGCGUGAUCACGUAUGUCGGGGAGGCCUCGGCCGCGGAGGUGAGGGCGGCAAUCGUCGAGGGGGCCCAGGUCCGCGACGUGGGCGGGCGCACCGUCCUCCCCGGUCUGGUCGAUGGGCACAUCCACCUGACGCAGCUCGGCCAGACCCUCCAGAAGCUGAAGCUCGACGACUGCAAGAGCCUCGAGGACAUCAGGCGGACCAUCCGGGACUACGCCGCCGCCAACCCGGACCACAAGCGCAUCUUCUGCAGCGGCUGGAUGCACUUCAUGACGCCCGAGGGCGCCCUGGCCGCGCUCAUCGACGACCUGGACCCGCGGCCCAUCCUCAUCACGGCCAAGGACCUGCACUCGACGUGGGCCAACACGGCCGCGCUGAAGGAGCUGGACCUGGACAGCGAGCCCGACCCCCCCGGCGGCGAGAUCGUCCGCGAUCCGAAGACGGGCAAGCCGAGCGGCCUGCUGUCCGAGGCGGCCAGCAUGAAGUUCAUCCCGCUCUACAUGGCGAGGGUGUCGACGGCCGAGGACCGCAUAUCGGCCAUCAAGACGGCCAUCGACGACUACAGCAGCGCCGGCUUCACGGGGCUGAUCGACAUGGCGAUGGAGGAGGACGGGUGGGCCGCGCUGCAGGAGUACCGGCAGCAGGAGAAGGCGGCGGGCCGGAGGUUCCCCGUGCGCUUCGCCGCCUACUGGAUGAUCCUGCCGCGGGACGACGACGCCGAGAACAUCAAGCAGGUCGAGCGGGCGGCGGAGCUCGCGCGGCAGUUCAACCUCGAGACGGACCCGGACUGCCGGCUCGUGGGCAUCAAGCUCGUCUGCGACGGCAUCAUCGACGGGUGCACGGCCAGCCUGAAGGAGCCGUACAGCCACAACAACGACAACUGCGACCCCGUGUGGUCGCCGGAGCACAUGGGCCCCGUCGUCGAGGCGGCGACGCGGCUGGGUCUCCAGGUGGCCCUGCACGCCAUCGGCGACCGCACCGUGGCCAACGCCAUCGACGUCCUCGAGAAGCACGUCGGCCCGGAGCACCGGCCGCGCAUCGAGCACCUCGAGGUCACGACCGAGGCGGACGCGAGGCGGCUCGGGCGGCUGGGGAUCACGGCGUCGGUGCAGCCGGUGCACUCGGACCCGGCGAUCCUCCGGGCGUGGCCGAAGCUCAUCGGCGAGCACCGGUGCGGCCGGGCGUUCGCCUACAGCGAGUUCGCGGACGGGGGCGCGCCGGUGGCCAUCGGGUCCGACGCGCCGACGGCGCCGCACCGCAUCAUGAGCAACCUGUACAUCGCCACGACGCGGCGGUCGGCACGGGAGCCCGGGCUGGAGACGGUGGUGAACCCGCAGUUCGCGCUGUCGCUGUGCGACGUCGUGGCCGGCGCGACCGAGGGCGCGGCGAGGAGCUGCUUCCUCGAGGACCGCGUGGGUUCGCUCGAGGUCGGGAAGAGGGCCGACCUGGCCGUGUUGGAUAUCGAGUGGGAGCCGGCCAAGGCGCUCGAGGCGACGGUUGUCGAGACGUGGUUUGACGGGAAGCUGGUCUAUCCUGUCAAAGAGUGA